GGGCUUGCGCACUGUCAGUCAACGCGCGUAACCAAAACAAACCGCUCGCGCUGUGUCAUCCGCGACGGGAUUUCGAGCGAAGAAUUUCAUAACAAGAAUCAAUUUUUUAGGUGGAAAUCUGCCCCACCAGAAUGCUCUACGGAUUUUCUCGAUAACUUACACAAGAAAUGUUACGAUUAGAGCGCUACGCCAAGCACUUGCUGGCGAACCGGUUCGUACGCAGCUACGUUCCGGCCGCCGGAACCACCAACCCAAGUCCUGCGAUCCGCGCGGCCCCACCCUCCGUAACGCCACCAAAUGCUCAGCUGCAGCGCCAGCUGGCCGCCGAGUGCCGAGCCAUCGUUCAACUGUUCUCCCGUUCGUACGGCAUUCCGCAGCAGGUUCUGCUCCGCAGUUUGCACACUUCCGCCCGGAUGGGCCAGAAGCAGGACGACGGUGGCGAUCGAGGCAAGAAAAAGGGCAACGACGACGACAAGGAGAAGAUGAUGUCGGUGGUGACGAAAACGCUGAUGUGGAUGAUUGCGAUCUACAUGCUGGUGGGCUUUCUGACGAUGGUCGUUCCGAACAAGAACCGGCCGGAAACGGCCACGCGGUACGUCAGCUGGCACGAGUUUGUGCACCACAUGCUGGCGGUGGGUGAGGUGAAAGAGGUUGUGGUCCAUCCGGAUAUGGAGAUGGUGACGAUUCUUCUGCACGACGGAGCGAUUUUGAAGGGCAGGCGGGCACAUUCUACGAUCUUCCACAUGGCCGUGGCGGAUGUGGACAAGUUUGAGGAGAAGCUGCGGCAGGUUGAGGCGCGGUUGGGGAUAAAGGAUGGGGUGUCGGUGCAGUUUGAGCGGAGCGGGGACGUUAGUGGGAAGAUUUUGUUUACGCUGGUGGCCACCGGAGUGAUAAUUGCGCUGUUGAGUCGGAUGAGGGGCAUCCGGGGACCGAUCAGUAUGGACAGCUUCACGCAGAUGGGGCGGGCCAAGUUUACGCUGGUGGAUCCGGUGGAUGGGGGUCGGGGGGUUUUCUUCAAGGACGUCGCUGGUCUUCAGGAGGCGAAGCAGGAGGUGAUGGAGUUUGUCGAUUACUUGAAGGCACCGGAUCGGUAUCAACGGCUUGGGGCGAAGGUUCCCAAGGGCGCGCUGCUGCUGGGACCACCUGGAUGUGGAAAGACUCUGUUGGCGAAGGCGGUGGCCACCGAGGCGCAGGUUCCAUUCCUCAGCAUGAACGGGUCGGAAUUCAUCGAGAUGAUUGGCGGCCUCGGAGCGGCUCGCGUCCGAGAUCUGUUCAAGGAGGCCCGCAAACGAACCCCCUGUAUAAUCUACAUUGACGAGGUGGACGCAAUUGGACGACAACGCGACGGUGGAGGUAGCUUCGGCGGAGUCAGCUCCGGAGAGUCGGAACAAACGCUGAACCAGCUGCUAGUCGAAAUGGACGGAAUAGCGUCCAAGGAGGGCGUCCUCAUGCUGGCCAGCACGAACCGUGCGGACAUUCUAGACAAGGCACUGCUCCGACCCGGUCGCUUCGAUCGUCACAUCCUGAUCGACCUCCCGAACCUUUCGGAACGCCGAGAAAUCUUCGAAAAGCACCUCUCGGGAAUUAAGCUGGAAGCAACUCCAGACAAGUACGCCGCCCGAUUGGCCACCCUUACACCUGGUUUCUCCGGCGCAGAUAUCGCCAACGUUUGCAACGAAGCAGCCCUGCACGCGGCCCGUACCAGCCAGAAGGUGGUCACCACCACCAACCUGGAAUACGCCGUCGAGCGACUGGUCGGUGGAACCGAGAAGCGAUCGCACGCCCUGUCCCACGCCGAACGUCGCGUCAUUGCGUUCCACGAGUCCGGUCACGCCCUCGUCGGGUGGCUUCUUCCCCACUCGGACGUCCUGCUCAAGGUGACGAUCGUUCCGAGGACCUCGCUCGCGCUCGGAUUUGCCCAGUACACGCCUCGCGAGCAGAAGCUCUACAGCCAGGAGCAGCUCUUCGAUAAAAUGUGCAUGGCCCUGGGGGGACGCGCCGCGGAGAACCUAACAUUUGACAGAAUUACGACCGGAGCGCAGAACGAUCUGGAGAAGGUCACCAAGAUGGCGUACGCGCAGAUCAAAUUCUUCGGCAUGAACCGCGCCAUCGGUCCGCUGGCCUUCUCCGAGGAGAACGACCAAAAUCCGUACAUGGAGAAGCCCUACUCGAAGGCGCUCGGCAACGUGAUCGACCGGGAGGCGCGCCGCAUGAUUACCGAGGCGUACGAAAAGACGGAGCAGAUUCUGCGCGAGAACGCCGAAAAGCUGAGAACGCUUGCGGAGGCCCUGCUGGACAAGGAAACGCUCAACUACGACCAGGUGGUGCAGCUGAUUGGACCGCCGGCGUACGACGACGCGAAGCGCAAGAUCGAACCGGUCGAGUUUGAGGACAGUUUGAAGAAGUUGGCGGGGGCGGCUUCGUCAGCGGGUGGAGAGGAGCAGAAGUAGUUGCGACGGUUAAUAAAAAUUGUUUUAGUUGGAA